CCGCUCCGUGUUAAUUCCUUCCAAACUCAAAAUAUACACAUUCUAGAUUCAAUGACAAUGGAAAAAACCCAAAGCAUAUUAUCAAGAACUGACCGUCUUACAGCCCUCAUUACAUCAUAUCCAAUCCUCCAGUCUCUCGCUUCGCAAUUAUCAACACUUGACCUUUUCCACCUUGCACUAACAAACAAGACAUUCUACAGCCAAAUCCUCGCUUCUGAUCUCAUCUGGGAUAAGCUGAGGCGUCGCUGCUUAUGUGAUGGUCACGGUCUUCGUGAUCGCCAAGAGCGACGAGGCCUACAUCAUGCACGAGACAGCAAAUAUAUACGCCGGAAAGAUGGGCGACGCGAAAUCUACGAAGAUGAAGAGAUCGAGGUCCGCGUGUACAACCUCACAUGCCGGGCUGACGAUACAUUGCCGUGCGCAAAGUGCGACGUCAACGUGUGUGAAGAAUGCCGUUACUAUCCCCGUCUGCCUAGGGACUACCUAUCCCGGCGCCCGCAUCUAAAUGGGGCGUUUCUCCUGAAAAACAUCAUUGUAUUGUGCACGCAGUGCGACGAUAAAGUGGAAAAGGAAGUCAGCGGCAAGUUUGGGAGCGAGUUAUGCGACUGCGACCCCUUCACGAGAUGGGUAUGCGGCAAGUGCCAUGCCGACGAACUGAAGCUGGGAGAAGACUACCUGGAGAAGCACACCAAGGGGGUUUGGGUUAUCGAAGAAGAACAAGAGUAUUCCGAGGACGACGGGCCGGAAUGGCCUGAUACCAUGGAGAUGACGGACCACCAAUUCUCACGGUUUGUCUGGUGUCUUUGUAAUGCGAGUGUGCCAGAGGGUACAAGCGCUCGCUGUGCCUGGUGCCGGCGUCGACAUUUGCAUCAAGACGAGUGGGUUAGGGAGUGGCGUCAGCUCAGUAAAAAUAUUCCUCUUUAUGAUGACCCUUGCUAUCCUUUUUUUCAUCGCAGAUGACGAUGGAAAUUAUCCACAGCCAUACCCAGCCCUUCGAUAUAGUCCUAAGACGCUUUCCGUAAAAGCUCAAUAUCUCGAUCCAGUAUAAAUAAUGUGUUUGCAUGAAAUUGUUAAUUAUUUCUACAUUUCUGUUUCUUCUGAUAUAGAUAAAUACUCUCUCAUAUGGUUAACGCAUCAUACGGCUAAUGCAAGAGAGUUCGGAUCUGGCUGUUUAACUGUUUCUCGUU